AUGGCUGCAACCAUGAACAACAAGUCGAUUCCAGCGACGAAAUACAAUUUCGCACUUGUAUUCUUCGUGGCUCUUGGCUCUUUCACCUAUGGCUUCAACGCCUCCAUCAUGGGCACUGUCUUCGGCCUUGCCCCUUUCUUCUCCUACUUCGGUCUCAACCUCACCGGCCCCGGUGCAGACUAUGCCAACUCAAUGAUCGGCGCUACGAAUGGCCUUUUCUCGGCUGGAGGUAUCAUCGGCUGCCUCCUUAUGACGAAACUCGCCGACAGAUUUGGACGAAAGAGGACUAUCCAGGGGAUCUGCGCUGUUUGUGUUGUUUCGGUCAUAUUCCAGGCUGCUGCUGUACAUAUUGCUAUGUUGCUUGUGGGCAGGUUCCUCAAUGGUCUUGGGUCCGGCAUGAUGAAUGUGAUCAUCCCUCUGUAUCAGUCAGAAGUUGCUCCGCCACACAUCCGUGGCCGCAUGGUCGGAGCUCAUGGUUUCUGUCUCGUUCUCGGCUAUAACUUUGCCGCCUGGACCGGACUCGGGUGCUACUUCGCGACCAAUCCUCAAUUGCAGUGGCGGCUCUGUCUUGCUCUUCCUGCUGUUGCUCCCGGUAUCCUUGGCCUUGGAUCAUCGUUCAUUCCAGAAUCUCCCAGAUGGCUCGUAACGCAAGACCGUGGGACCGAGGCCCUCGAUAUCCUCACCAAGCUUCAUCAUCAGCCAGGCGACUCGAACAAUGAAGCGGCCCAGUCUGAGUGCCACGCUAUUAAAACCCAGUUGAUGUCUGAGUCAAGUGAGCCCAAGUCGUUUUUCGGCAUCAUGAAAAAGCCCUCCUAUCGCAAGCGACUCCUCAUUGGCAUAUUUGUGCAGUGCAUUGCCCAAUCUACUGGAGUUCUUGUAAUCAACAACUACCAGGUACUUCUGUACAACGGCCUCGGUCUAACGGGUUACCUCCCACUUCUCCUCUACGGAGUGUAUACAGCUUGGGCGGCUUUGCUCAACUGGGUAGGCGCUAUGUUUGUUGAUAAGUUUGGUAGAAUUCUUAUGCUUACUGUUGGACUUGUUGGAUGUGCACUAAUGGUAGCUGGCGAGGCAGCCAUCGUCGCUGUUGCAGCCGAGAACAAGAACAACCACGCCAUCAACGCAGCCGGUGUAUUCUUCCUGUUCGUCUUUGUUACUUUCUAUGCCACAUGCAUCGAUGCCAUCAGCUACAUAUACUGCACCGAGAUCUUUCCCACUUCCAUCCGAGCCAAGGGCGUGAGCUACUCCGUCAUUGGCCUGUUCAUCAUGACUCUGAUAUAUACGCAGCCUGCACCUAUCGCCUUCGCUCAGGUCGGGUGGAAGUACUAUCUUGUGUUUGUCAUUGUGCCCCUUCUUGGUGCCCCUGUUGUUUAUUUUAUGUUUCCUGAGACUAAAGGUCUUUCAUUGGAGGAGAUUGGAACUCUCUUUGAUGACGGGAAUGAGGCUUCAACUGUUGAGGUUCGAGAGGAUGUUGCCGAGAAGCUCGAUUGCUUUUGA